AUGAAAAGUUGGUCCGAAAUAGCCGCGGAGGAACUGGGGGAAACGCCGGAAAUCAGGGAGAGCUCCCUCCGAGAUUUGAGGGCUCUCAUCCGGACUCAGGGUCGUCCAUCGGUUAACUAUGAGGACGAUGAUGAAUUUCUCAUCAGAUUCCUGCGGACGUGUAAAUUCAAUGUCGACCGUUCCUUCCGGAUGGUCAACAACUAUUAUCUCAAUCGAGCAUCGCACAGCAACAAGAUAAUGCCAAAAGGGAAGGGUCCCCGUGACACAGAGUUCUACGCGAAACUUCAGACCUUGACAGUUCUCAAGAAGAAAAACCACGACGGUUCAACAGUUGUCAUUUUCCGUAAAGGGGGUUGGGAGCCGUCUGACGGUACUGCUGUGCAUGCUGACAUGCUAUUCCUAGGUUUGUAUCUCCUGGAAUGGCUUACAAGAGAUCCCGAGGUACAAGUGACUGGGAUCAGCUUCGUUUAUGACUGCGAUGGUUUCGGCAUAAGACACCUGCCUUAUGUUGACCUGGCAGUCUUUCAGUUCUUGACGAGCUGUAUCAACAACAGCUAUCCCAUGCGGGUGAGAGCUAUUCACGUGAUGAACGUGCCCAUGCCGUUCCGAUUCGUCCUUAAUCUCGUGACUCGAUUGCUGUCUCAAAAGGUUCGGGAACGUUUCCAUGUGCACACGGAUAGAGAAGCUCUGUUGGGUCACAUCGAUCCGAAAAUACUUCCCCUCGAAUACUCGAAGAAGUCGCAAUGCGGGACGUUCGACAAUCGAUGGAUGUUCGAGAAGCUGUGCGAGCGGCACAAUUGGUUCGUGGAAAGAAGUUUCUACGGACUCCAAAAAUCUGCCUGUGAUAAAGAGCUCGACGUCGACGUCGGCAAGAAUGCCUGGUUUCCCUGAAGCUGGCAGCCCGAGUCUUGGCUCCCGCAGAGUCAAAGGGAAGGGUAUAGCGCACUGUCCGAAC